CAAAGCAAAGCACCAGUUUUUAUAGAAAUUGAAUUAGCAGUUGCACUUUGGGUAGAACAUGAUAAAGUAUCGUAUGAGACAAUUAAAAACUGUUGGCAUAAAACAGGAAUACUUCUAGUUGAAUUAGAUUAUAAUGACCUACCUCAAAAAGAUACUUCAUUAUAUGAUGAAUAUCUGGAUGAUGAAAACAAA